GGCCUCCGCGCCCGACGCCAGUGCGGAAUGUGCCUGCGAAUGGAACGCUCGUUUCGUCGGAGCGAAGCGCUAACGCUCCCGGUUUCCCAUUAAAAUGUGUAUAAGAAUAAGUGUAGUGAAUCCGUACGAGUUCGGAAAGGUUAAGAAAAUCGCCGUCGUCGAGAUCAGGAGUAGAAAUCAACGAAGAACUUCACCGAGGAAGUGGGCACGAUGAGGGAACAGGAAGGCGACGGCCCGGAGAGCCGUUAGCCGGACUCGAUGGACGAGUAUGGAGGGCCGGCGGCUCCGCCCCGCCCGCCCAAGCCGGCGGCGCGCGUGCACCGCGCGGGCGGCGCGCGGCCCGGCUCCGUGUCGCUGCUGCGGCCGCGGCCCGAGGGCGAGCGCGAGCGGAACGCGUACGUGGAGGCGCCGGGCCGCGCCGCGCCGGGCCGCGCCGCGCCGGGCCGCGCCGCGCCGGCGCCCGCGCGCAAGCCGGUGACGACGCAGCCGGCCGCCGACAAGCGGCGCGCGCCGGCCGCCGACUCCAUCGUGUGCGCGCGCUGCGGCCGCUGCCGCUGCGAGCAGUGCGCGCGCGCGGCGCCGCUGCCGUCGCGCUGGCUGUGCGGCUCGUGCCUGUGCAGCGCGGAGGCGUGCGUGGACUACGCGUCGUGCAUGUGCUGCGCCGAGGCGCUGUUCUACCACUGGGGCGGCGAGGAGGGCCCGGCGCGGGGCGCGCGGCGCGCCUGCGUGCUGGCGCUGGCCGUGCCGCUGCCCUGCCUGUGGCUGUACUGGCCGCUGCGCGCGCUGGCGGCGGCGGCGGCGGCGGCCUACGGGCGCCUGCGCCGCGCCGGCUGCCGCUGCGCGCCGCCCGCGCGGCCGCCGCUCUCCAGUAUUAUCUAGUCCGCGGUGGCGGCGGGGCCGGACUUCGCCCCGCCGCCGGUGUACAGUGCAGUGUAAAUAUAGUCGUAUGGUGUGAAUGUAUGUGAACGUGUCGCCCGACCGACCGACUCUCAGAUUUUCUCGAGGCCGAAACGUGUCACGAGAAAACUUUAGUAUUUUGGAUUCCACACAAUCCGGAGAAGAUUAAGAAAUGAGAUAUAAAACAUACUUAUUAAGAUGUAGAUAAUUUACCAUUUAUUUAUUAACUGAAUUUGUAUUUAUUUGUAAAUAAAACGACAAUAUAUUAUAAAUACGAAUGUUUACUACAA